GGUUGAAGGAUCUAAUUAAAAUAAAGAAAAGAAAAAAAUAUAUCCGUUGGAGAAUCUCCAAAGAAGCACAUGGUAAGAGUGUAUGACAUUAGUCCACAAAAACAAUAAUAGCUAGUAGCUGUAUUGUAUUGUCUAUCUAUCUCGUUGGUUCAACUAAACAGUCAUUAUAUCAUAUUUACUUUCCUCCUCCUUUUGCACUUGUGCUGUGUCUCCUCACUCUUUUCCACACUCCUUCGGACAACUAAUUCCAUGGACUCCACUCUCCUUCACCACCACCACUACAUCUCCGCACUUGCUCUCUUCCUCUUUUCAGCUUCAUUGUUGUUGACGGCGGCUUCAUCCUUCGCCAUAAACUAUGGGCAGAUCGCAAACAACCUCCCACACCCAGAGUCAGUAAUCCCACUGGUGAAAUCAAUCGGGGCAACUCGUCUGAAGCUGUACGACGCCGACCCACGUGUCCUGAAAGCAUUUGCCAACACGGGGGUCGAAUUCAUAGUGGGCAUAGGGAAUGAAUACUUGGCCAACAUGGUAGAUCCGAAGCAAGCCCAAGCCUGGGUCAAGACCAACGUCCAGUGCUAUUUGCCCGCCACCAAAAUCACCUCCAUCGCUGUCGGUAACGAGGUUCUAACUUUCAACGACUCAACUCUUUCUUAUAACCUCCUCCCAGCCAUGGAAAACAUCCACACCGCCCUCGUUUCGCUCAAUCUCGACAAGCAGGUUAUGGUCACAACUGCACACAAUUUGGGUAUUCUAGAAGUUUCUUACCCUCCCUCCGCCGGCGCAUUCCGCCGGGAUCUGACUCAGAAGUUGUCCUGCAUACUUGACUUUCACUGCAAAGUGGGAUCCCCAUUCUUGAUUAACGCAUACCCAUACUUCGCCUACAAGGCCAACCCAAAGGAAAUAAAGUUGGAUUUCGUGCUGUUCGAAGGGUCCGGGAUUGUGGAUACGGGUUCGGGUCUCCACUACGAUAACAUGUUCCACGCCCAAAUCGACGCAGCGCAUUCAGCGAUGGAAAAGCUUGGUUACAAGAACGUGUGUUUGCAGAUCUCUGAGACGGGUUGGCCGUCAAAGGGUGACGGAGAUGAGGCCGGAGCAUCGCCGGAGAAUGCUAGAAAGUACAACGGGAAUUUGCUGAAGUUGAUUUCCGAGAAGAAGGGAACGCCAAAGAGGCCCAAUAUGGAUUUGAAUGUUUAUGUGUUUGCAUUGUUUAACGAGAAUCAGAAACCAGGUCCCACUUCCGAGAGAAACUUCGGUCUCUUUAAACCAGAUGGAACGCCGGUGUAUAAUCUUGGAUUCAAUGUCACCGGAUUGGGGAGUAUGAAUUCGCCGCCGAGCUCAAGUUCCGGCGGCAACUCCGGCGGGAACACACCGAUAUCUUUGCCGGCCGGUGGCCCUCCCUACUUGUCCAUUACUGCAGAUGACGCGGAACGACUUCCUAUUGGAGGGGCAUUAUUUGUAUUGUGCCUCAUUGUUUCAACUAUUCUUGCACUACAAUUUUGACAGCAUAAGGUAGGUAUUCUUAUCUCAAAGUUCCGGAAAUUCAACUGAGAGUUUGAAUUUGAAAAGAAUGGAUUCUUGUUCAUUUGCAUCUCUACACAAAAACAAAUUCUUAAUGGGAUAUGAUAAAAAGAUGCAGUAGUGCAGGCAAAUAAUGCCCUCUUGAGCUUUUCUUCUCUGUAAAUUUUGUCCGAGGACCGAGUUAUGUUCCUAUUGUAUUAUUAAUUACAACCUACAUUAUUUAUUAUUACAUGUAUGGACCCAUUCUUAUUCUAUUAGACUUUACUUAUUGUUCGUGUA